ACACAAAAUCAUCAAACAUUAUUAUUUCGUUUUAAUAGUUUUUCUGAAAUUAAUUGAUACAUCAUGACUGUUGUUACUACUGAGGUUGAGAUCGCUGCUGCAUUUCCUGCAGAUAAGCUUUUCAAGGUGAUUGUUAGCUUUGAUUCACUUGCACCCAAGGUUACUCCUCAAGUUUUCAAGUCCAUCUCCAUCGUCGAGGGCGAUGGAGGUGUCGGAACUAUCAAGAAAUGCAUUCACGGUGAUGCUGUACCAUACACAACAUCGAUACAAAAGGUUGAUGCAGUUGACGUGAGUAACCUUAGCGUCAGCUACACGAUCUAUGAAGGUGAUGCCUUGUUCGAUUUUUUAGACUCUAUCACUCAUCAUAUUAAGAUCUCACCUGGUGCUGAUGGUGGCUCUGUAUACAAGCACACAACUGUAUUUAAUUGUAAAGGCGAAGCAACCGUACCGGAAGAGAUGCUUACCCAGACCAAUGAAGGAUACAAGAAAGUCUUUAAGGCAAUCGAGGCCCAUGUCCUUGCUAAUGUUGAUGCUUAUUGAUCAACCACAAAUCGUCACAUUUUCUUUCGAUUUCAAAUGGUUUCAUAAGUGUGUUUUUCUACCAUAGUAAAACGGACACUAGUUUAUAACAUUGUUGUUGUAUGUUUGUAUCUGAUGUGAUCAUAAAUGAUGAAAGGAACCUUGAGUUUGUUGUUACGACAAA